AACCCGCGACGAAUUUGCCACGGUCUGCUCUCUUCAAAGCCCCAAUAUUCCAAAACGUGACGAAAACCUAGCUUCAGAUCGAGUUUCCAGAAACAAAAUCGAAGUCUCCAUUCUGUUGUUGGCGAUCAGUCGCUGGAUCGUGGUCGAAUCCGGUGUCAGUUGAUGGCGAGGAAGCCCAGCAGCAGUUGCUGCGCCAUCUGCGAGGGUUCAAAUCUUGCAUCAAUUUGUGCUCCCUGCGUUAACCACAGGUUAAACGAGUACAGCGCUCUGUUGAAAUCUCUGAAUACCGUCUGUAAAUCUCACUAUUCCAAGCUGGACGAUUUGCUCGCCAAGAAGAGGAAAGCAGAUCAACAGAUUAACUGGAGAGCGGUGCAAAAUGUGGAACUCAAGAAAUUGAAGGAACGGCUAACCUACUUGAAGAAGAAACUUGCUGAAGAUAAGGCUAAGGUUUCCAAAGAAUCAAAUGAUCUGAAGUUGAAAUACGGUUCAUUGGAAUUAGCAUUUUCUACAAUGAAAAACAAGCAAACAGAAGUAUUAGAUAAACUCAGUAGUGAUCUUAUGUCCAAUCAGCGGCUGGUUGAUACGGGCAUCACUCCUGAAUGUAUCCGUCGUCAGGCAGUGGUAAUAGAAAAUAUCUGUAAGCUCUUUCCAAUGUGUAGGGUGAACCCAGAUAAAAUAAAAGAUAGAUCAAAUAACAUGUCCAACCAAAUAUGCAAUGCACGCUUACCUAGAGGGCUGGAUCCACAUUCUGUUCCUCCUGAAGAGCUUGCUGCUUCUUUAGGGUACAUGGUACAAUUGUUGAAUCUGAUUGCUCCAAAUUUGGCAGCUCCUGUUCUUCAUAAUUCAGGUUUUGCGGGUUCCUGUUCACGGAUAUGGCAGCGAAACUCGUAUUGGGAUGCUCGCCCAUCCUCACAGAGCAAGGAAUAUCCUCUUUUCAUACCACGUCAGAAUUUCUGCUCUUCAGGCGGAGAAUCCUGGUCUGAUAGAAGCUCCUUGAACUUUGGUGUCGCUUCAGUAGAAUCAGAAAGAAGACCGCAUUUAGAGAGUUCCAGAAAUAGUAGUUUCAACUAUUCCCUUGCCUCUCCACAUUCCCUUGAAAAUCACACGGAUCUGCAGAAAGGAAUUUCGCUGCUCAAGAAAAGUGUGGCGUGCAUUACAGCAUACUCCUGCAAUUCCUUAGGUCUAGAUAUACCUUCAGAAGCUUCUACUUUUGAAGCCUUUGGUAAAUUGUUGUUCAUUCUAUCUUCUUCAAAGGAAUUACAGUCGAUCAGAAACUCUUUGAAGACAGCAAGCUCAAGCACAGAAAAACAGGCUCAGCAGUUGAAGAGAUCAGUGUGGAAUGUUAGCUCGAGUGGCAGUUCUUCAAAUACCCUGGCAGAGAGUGAGCAGACGAUAACGUCAACCGUCGAUGAUGACAACCUCCAAAAUCCCGAUUCGAGUUUUAUGUUCACAGCUGUGAUGAUCAAUAAGUCGGAAAGCAUUGUUGAAGGGUGGAAUAUUAUCGAGCAUCCUACGCUCCCUCCACCCCCAUCAAAGACCGAGGAUGUCGAGCAUUGGAUGCGAGCUAUGUUCAUAGAUGCCACAAAGAAAUAGUCUCUGCUCAUUCGCACAUUGACAUAUGCAAAAGAAUAUUCUCAGAUGCAUACUUGCAAAAGAAUGAACAAAAACCUCUUAAGGCAAAGGAAUAAUAAGAAAACAAUUAAAAGGGUUCAUAUUC